AAAUAUCACCUGCAGAUGCUGAGAAGGUCAAAGAAACGUACGGUAUCAAGAAGCCGAAGGUGUCUGCCUCAUGCACACGUACAAAGUCAACGGAAAGAAGGUUGAAGCGAAAACCAACAGAGCCUGUAGUCCCACCACACAGUUCAAAGCCAAAAAGAAGAAGGUCCGAACUAUCUUCAGAUAGUGGUAGUGACUGCCUAAGCAGUGGUGAUGAGUGGGCACCUGAGUUACGAAGUGGAUGUAGCGGGACAACUGGGGAAAUCUCAGGUGAAACAGAAGCCCACUCCGGAACUCCUAAAUUGAUGGGGCUUACCGAUUCUGAAGGCAGUCGUUAUCCGAAGAGAAACAAAGAACGGCCAAACUACGCUGCAGAUAUAAAAAUCCCCGAAGAUGAUAGGUACCUGU